AUGUGUGGGGAUUCCACUGUCUCUUGGGAUAGUGUUCCCUCUGUCCAGGCAGCUGGUGGUUUGCUCUAUAUGUGGAACAACUCAGCUUUUCAUGUGGAAAGGAGGGUUAAAGGAAGAAAUUUCCUAAUGCUGGAUGGGAGGUGGGUGAUACAAAAUCAGAGGCUUUACAUAGUUAAUGUCUAUGCCCCUUGUGAUCUAGCUGGGAAAAUAGUCUUGUGGGAGGAGUUAAGGCAACUGGAAGUGUCUAAUCCUAAUGGUUUAUGGUGCUUCCUUGGGGAUUUUAAUAGCAUGAGGAGCCAGGAGGAAAGAAUUGGCUCAUCCCAAAGGAUGGCUGACACUUCUGACAUUUCAAAUUUCAAUGAGUGGAUAUCUGAUAUGGAACUUCAGGAAAUUAAAGGCUUUGGUGGCAGGUUUACUUGGUUUAGGCCCAAUGCAUAUCCUUCAAAGGGACUACUCAGACCACUGUCCAGUAGUCUUGAAAACAAGGAUGGUGGAUUGGGGUCCCAAGCCUUUUCGGGUUGUGGACUGGCGGCUCAAUCAAAAGGGUACCAAAGAAUGGUCAGGGAGGCAUGGAUCAAUGAUCAGCAGGGUGGUUGGGGGGGAAUUGCUCUUAAAAAUAAAUUGAGGAAUCUAAAAUAUACUAUAAAACAGUGGAGUACAGUUAAUGGGGAUGUCAAUGCUAGCAAGAUUCAGAAUUUGAGGCAGAAGCUAAAUGACUUGGAAACCAUAGCUGGUGAUAGAAUGUUGUCCGAAGAUGAGGUUAAGGCCAAGAAAUCCAUCCAGCAAGAUUUGUGGGAUGCUUCAAAUGCAUAUGAAUCCCUGUUGAGACAAAAAUCUAGGGCUAAGUGGAUCAAGGAACGUGAUAGCAACUCAGCCUUUUUCCACAAAGUUAUAAAUUUCAGAAGAAACUUCAAUGCUUUUCAGGGAAUCUUCAUUGACGGUGUAUGGGUUUAG